AGACAAACCUUUGGUCUGGCAACACUGGGCAUACUCCAUCCUGUCACUGCGACUCUAAAGCUAUCAGAGAGUGACGAAGCUCAGAGAGAGGCAUAGUGCGCGUUGUUGUCCUGAUUAACUUGCUUCGCACACCAGCGUAAGGACCUCGCAGGGCAAACAGACAGAGGGAUAGAAUGGCUCCUGCAAAGGCUGAUAUGGAGUUUGUAGUUGAGAGCAACAAGAGGAAGGAGAGUGAGGACAAGGCUUUGUCAAGCAUGACCUCCUCCCUGACUUGCCUUACCCUACACACUGACUCCCAUAAGGACCUGGCUGGGCUGGAAGCUGGCUUCUCACAAAUCAGCUUGGGUGAAAAGCUUGUACAGGUGGAAGACUUAGAAAAGCAAGUAGAGCAGGAAGAAGAGAAAGAAAAGCAAGUAGAACAGAAAGAAGAGAAAGAAAAGCAAGUAGAACAGGAAGAAGAGAAGGAAAAGCAAGUAGAGCAAGAAGAAGAGAAGGACAAGAGGGAUAAAGAAGGAGAGAGGGACAGUGAUGAGGAGGAAGACAAUGAGAAGAGAAUCAGAGCUGUGAAGGAGAUUAAAAUUUCCUGUGAGAGUAAGAAGUUGGCAGACAGUGAGGUAUUUCAAGAAUCUAAAGAGAGUGAAUAUGGCAAAGAAGAGGAAGAGGAUGAAGUAAAGGAAAAUGAAGGAAAGUUGCAGGAUAAAUUUGAGUUCAAAGGGGAGGAGGAGGAGAAAGAGGUAGUGUCUGAUGAUGAAGACGUAACAAAGGACAAGGAAGAAUAUACAAAGGAGGAGGAAGUGUCUGAUAGUGAGAAUCCUACUGGUGAAGAUGAUCAGAAUGUUCAGCCUCAGCCAAAAGACAGAAAACUUCGCUCCCGAGGCUUUGCUCAUGUUAUGGGUCAGAAUUAUAUGAACUACAUGGGUGCCGAGGCUUACCAGCAGCAGCAGCAGCAGCAGCAGCAGCAGCAGCAGCAGCAUCAGCAGCAAUACCAUGAAAAUCAGAUGUGGUCCCAGCCACAUCAGUACCCUAUGAUCCAUAUCAGAUCAGAGGACUUAGGACUGAAGGAAAAAAACACUGAACAAUUGUGGGCUCCCAAGCAUGUACAGGAGGGAGGCUAUGCUGGCUCCUCUCCCACUGGUGCUUUGGGUGAGCAGUGGCAUGGAAGUACUCAGCUUGAUGCACUGAGUGGCAAAACUUUCAUCCCAAGCCUUGGGGAAUACAGCCCUGUCUCCUGCACCUCAGGGGAAGAUGACAUGCCCAGUGUGUCUUGUGGCUACAAUGCAGAAUCUCUUCUGGGUUACCAGGACACCAUGCACAUCAAUAGCCCCCAGUAUCAAGAAAGCCAACCCUCACCAUACCAACAAGAUCUCUCCCAUAACUCACAGUAUCAGGACUGCCAGCCUGUACUCUACCACCAACAGCAGGACAACCAAGCCUCAUCCUUCCACCAGAGGAUUCAGUACCAGGAAAGCCAAGCCACAUCCUACUACCAAGGAUCACCACAAAUUCUCUCACCACAGUCCUACCAGGAGUCACCAUCCCCUGUGCAGAUUCUUUCCACCUCCCACUCCAGCCAGAGCCAGGGGCCACACUCAUCAUACCUCACUCCCCCCGUUAGCCCACAACCCACCACAUCUCCAACUCCUGUCAGUCAUUCGGAAGAUGAUAUUGAAGAGAUUAUGAACUUUGUCUUGGAGGAGGACCCCCUUGAAAUUUCCCACCAUGAUAGUACAAUUGAUAGUAUCAUAAGGAACCUCUUGGAAAUUCGGAAUGGCUGCCAUCAUAAACUAGAAGAAGUUCUUGACAAAGACGUGCUUGAUCUUCAUAUUAAAAGAUUUGCUAAAAUGAAGAAUGAAGAUCUGGUAAAAGGGGAUGAAGAUGGAGAUAUAUUUUAUACAAGAAUCCUCUGCACGGGGCAAAUGGAGUUAGAUUACAAUGAAAAGAUAGUGGCCUGUACAAAGCGUGUUGAGAAGAUGGACUUGUGCUGUAAUAGUGUAGUGGACUGGCAUGUAAAGCAGUGUCAGAGAUGUGGCAACAGUGAUCCCAAAACCUUUUAUUCCCCACUCAGCUGGCGUAAUAAUCUUGAUGAGAUGCCACUGAGUAAUUUAGUGUUGUUGCAGUUCCCUCCUGUAGUGGUUGAGUAUUUGACAAGGAAGGUGAUGCAGAGACCCAUGGACUUCAAACGCACUUUUGUCAAGAACUAUGAAUUAUUCUGUGGAGAGACAAAAGUCUACAAAUGCUUGCUUGAGGGUCUGAAGUUACUGCAGUCUGCAUAGAAGCAACAACAGACAACAUCACUGGUACUGCAGAUAUGAAACUGGCAAUCACUGUUAGUUUUAUGUUGUUUUAAAUCUUGCCAUUUUAUAAGGGAAAUUACUUAUUCUUCCACUACUUCAAAGACAUCAGAUACUUCAGAAUAUUUCUUUUGUUGGUAGUGGAGGGACACAGCCUGUCUGCACAUUAUAGUCAGGCUGGAAUAUUAUUAUUAUUAUUUUAUUCCCAGCUUGUUUGUUAAAGAUCACUGAAAGGAAUAGAACAAGAGGACAGGGGACUCUCUACUCUAUUUUUACUCUUGCAAGAAGACAGAGCAUUAUGUUGACACUUUAUCUUGAUGUCUUUCUUUAAGGGAGAUGUUAACAUGACACCUCAGAAGUAAUACACUAUAUCUGAGAAGUGUGUAGCAUUUUAUAUAAGUGAUGUGAAAAGUUACGCUGUUCCUACUACCUCCCUUAACAUUCCAUUUGUUUCUUCCAUUUUACUCCUUGUGUUUAAAGGUGUCUUGAAGUGGAAGAGUAAGUUUUGACAUCCUAAAAAGCACUAAAUCAUGGUUAUUAUCUACUAUUUUCAUUGUUGUGGUGCUCACUUGCUUUAAUUUGCUUUGUGCCUAUGGACAUUCUAACUUUAGCAUUAAUAUAUACCAAUCAAGGAGACUGAGUGGAUGUGCUGUGUCAUGAUUUUUCUGAUGAUUGCAAUGAAACUGGAUAUAUAUUACCAGUGUUCGUGCUAGUAAAGAAUAUCUGUACAACAGAGAAUACUUGUAGAGUAGAAGUAGAUUUUAUGUAGUCUUUGGCCUCAUUUGUAGCAGUAGUGACUAAUCAUAAACUUGUGUAGCUUUUGAACUUUUGCUUCGUAUACUAUUGUGUGUUGUUUUCUUUUCUGAUAGCAAUUACUUUAUAUUUUGUGUAUGCAUGACAUUAAUUUUAAGGAGGUUACACAAAAAUGUUCAAUAUUUGAUAGUGUAAGAGAAAAGACUGAAAGCAGAGUACUUGUAGUAGCAGAAAUUGCUAAAUGAAACAAUGAAAAAACAAAUGAGAGCAAGUUGUGGCAUUAUCGAAGAUGGAUAAAUCUUAAUUACUCAUGGCUUAAUGAUAGCUGAUUAUGAAAGAAACAUUGAUAACCAUGUUUACAACCCACUUGUGUGAAUAUCUAGUGUGGAGAUACUAGUUUAGUCAUGCAUUAAAGGGAACAGUAGAAGUAAGAUUAAAUAGAAAGCCUUUGGGAUGGGGAGAGGUAUAGAGUUAGCAAGUAUAGAACUGUAAUAAUUAUGAAAAUAACUAUAAGAAAGGAAGAUUGAACAUCGCAGAAAAGUGUAAUUAAAGAUUUUCAGUCAUUUCAGUAUAUGUGAUCAAUCUGUGCCUUGCCAAAUGUUAGUUCAGAUUUCUCCUACUAUUUACAUUUACAUUAAAAUAAGCACACACACACACACACACACACACACACACACACACACACACACACACACACACACACACACACACACACACACACACACACACACACACA